AUGGAGCCGCCCCAAGACAUGGCUAACGUUUCCAACACAGCAGUUAACCAAAACGGGCGGGUCCAUUCCCCUUACACAGCCCCGCUACUUCAGAGGAUUCCCCAUACCAACUUGGAAGACAUGCGUGCUAGAGGGUCGGGAUUCUCUUCUGCAGCCGGUAACAUCGAGGAGCAGGGCAAGACCUCGAAUCCGCCCAAAGACGGGGCCAAGGAGGGUCCUGGGCACCGGCUGCUGAAUAUGCUGAGAAAAACUCUUAAAGGGUCUGAAAGUAAAGAACUAGAAGUAACACCUGAGGCACCAACUUUGGUACCAUUUGGGGAUGUGGUUGGCUGCCUGGCCAUUCAUGUAAAGAACUGCAAACAUUUUACGCCUAAGAUUGGUUUACAACGUUACAGUAAUUUGUUCAUUCGCAUCUCUAUUAACAAUGUGGUGAAAUGUACAAAAACUUGUAGCUUGCUACCCCAAAGCAAUGAAAAGGCCAUUAUAAUUACAUUUGAUGAAGUGAAGUAUUUUUCUGUGCAGGUUCCCAGACGUCAAGAUGAUGAGAAGAAUAAUAUUUACUUAGAACUAAUGGAACAUGACAAUAGGAAAAAGUAUCUUACCUUGUUAGGGAGUGUUCAGGUACAUCUUUAUGAAGUAAUUCAGAAAGGGUGCUUUACUGAAGAACUCCAUAUGUUGAAUAAAAACACAUUUAUCUGCAGGGUGGAAGUGGAAUUUAUGUUCUCCUAUGGAAACUUUGGUUAUGGAUUUUCACAUCAGUUAAAACCUCUUCAGAAAAUUAUUAAGCCAUCUAUGUUUAUGAAUAUUGCACCACCUCCCGAAAGAACAGACCCUGUGACAAAUGUUAUUAUACCACAACCAAUACAAUAUCCAGCAUUCUUAUCCCCAGACCUGAAUGUUCCUAUUGGGGUGCCACCUACAGCAUCCCAAUCCAAUCAGCCAUCUGUAGUGCGACUUGAAAAACUUCAGCAACAACCUCGGGAAAGGCUGGAAAAAAUGAAAAAAGAAUAUAGACAUCUGAGUACAUGGAUAGAAAAAGCUAGCUAUUUAAAAGGAGUUCUUACCCCAAGAUUGGGACGUAAAGAACUUAAGGGAAGUAAUACCAAUGAGGUACUAGAAAGCCAACUGGAAGAAAGACCUACAGAUACUGUAAUAUCAGAUAUCCCUCUUAUAAAGGAAGAAUCUGAAACUAUUCCAAGUGAGUUACUGGAUAAUGAUGACAAAAAAGGCCUGACUCUGCCAACUUUGAACCAGUCGGGUGAAGAUGUUAUCGCUCCUAAAAGUGACGUGUCAACAAAGGAAACAGAUACUACACUGCCCACUAUUCCUAAGCUGACAUUAACAGAAGAGGACGAAGUACCACCUUUAGAAGAACACGAGCAAGAAGGCAUGCCAGAGAGAAAUGUGAAGAAUCUGUUAUUUCCAUCAGAAGAAAAAUUGAAAGAUAGAUAUCCAAGCCUUUUAAAAACUGACUCGUUUUCAUCAGAGGUGGCUUUUUCACCAAAAGUAUACAUUUCACCAUCUUUCAAACCAGAAUAUAUAGAAUUAAAACCAAAAUAUCAGUUCCAGAAAUUCAACAUCAAGGAUGGUUUUGAUCCUUUUCUAAGGAAUGUAAACAACAAAAUGUCAGUCAGAAAAAGGAAAGACCAAGAUAUGUUCAAAUGUAGAAAUAUUUUAAGUGCAGAGAUUAUAGAGCAUGAAGACCAAGAUCCUCCUUACCCAACACAUUCAAAAACUGAAAGACCUACUAAUAAAACCUGGCCCCAUAAUCUUGAUAUCAUCACAAUAAAGGCUUUAGACACUAAGAAUAAUUUAGCCUAUCAUCCUAGUAUCACCACAAUAAAGACUUUAGACACUAAGAAUAAGUUACAGGAAAGACUACCAAAUGUAUCUUUACCAAACUUUGAGGGAGAAUCAUCAAUGACUGGAAAAGUAAAUGUAAACAAAUGUCGCCUCUCAAAAUCAUUAAGUCUUACUUCCCACAUAGAAAACUUAAAACAAUCAAUGGUGCUCAAGUCAAUUUUAAGUAAAAAUCUGCAAGACCUUUCAGAUAGAUUAUUUUCUACACCUGGAGUUUCUAUGGACACUGCAUCAAAAAAGAAAAGUCAUAGUUCUCCACUUCUGGCUAUUCAUGAUGAACGACCAAAUAGUUUGGAAGGCAAAGUAUUUGAAAAAAUUCAAGAUUUAAAUAGCUGGCUUUCAGAAGGAAACAUUUCAAAUUCAAAGUCUCUUUUAAGUCAUAUAAUUAAAGAUAUUCCUGCAGAUUCACUUUCAGAAGGUGGUCCAGGAAAUUCUCUAGAGGUAGAAAAGGAACCUGUCUCUGAAAAACACUUAGAGGAUAGUGAGAUAGAUUUUCCAAUUAAAAAAAAGAGUAGUUUCAAAAAGAAACAUUUAAAAACUGAAGUAUCUAGCUCUAAACCAGAUUUGAAUAGCCUUGUAUAUGAUUAUGUUAUAAAGCAAAUAUUCACUGCACCAAUCUUCUCAGAGUUAGGCAGAGGAAUGAAAGAAUUGAGUGGGACACAGAUAAACUCGCAGAGUCAAUUACCCACAGCUUGGGAGAGUUCGCCUUCCAAUGUUCUAGUUCACUAUGAAGAAAACAAUAAUGAAAUAGAACUUCCGCCGGCCAAAUCUGUUAUAAGCCAGAUAAUACAAGCAUUUCCUGUAGAUACUCUUUUAGAAUCGGGGAUAAUUAAAGUGAUAGAUAAGGAAUACCAGAAGAGUUUUUUGCUGGAUACAGAGACAGCUUUUGCUGAAGAAAAGCCAAAGGAUUCCACAGAGUAUUAUUCAGAAAUCAAAAGCAAAACAGAACCUCUUUCAGAGUGGAAUACACCCAUCAUUCACAAAGAAACCACUUCUUCUUUUAAUGGAGUUGAAUUCAUAGACAAAGGCCAAAAUAUAUUCCCACAAGAUUCAAAAUAUCCGUCGAUACCAGAUAAAAAACCAGAUUUGCCAAGUAAAGGUCAGAGGCUUGAUAGAGAAGAAAACGAUCUAAGUUCUACUUUAGAAAAUUUAAGUAACUCAUUAAUGGGUAAACUUAAUGACUCUGAUGUAAUGUUAAAAUCCUUUUUGAAAAACAUAUUUAAUGUUUUUUUCAAAUAUAUUCAGUCUAAAAGCAGACAAUCAGAAAAAGAAUUAGAAAGACUAAUUGAACAUCCUUUUCCGAGUAAGACAGAAGACCUUGAAGAAACUGAAGAGAAUUUUGAUAAAGCAGACAAAUUGGACAGAAAACCUAUUUUGAAUCCAAAGCUGCGUGUAUUCCUAGAAGAACUCUCAGAGUCAGAAAUAAAAAAUUUAAAAUCUGAAUUAAGUAAACAUAUCCAGCAUUACCUUGUAGAAAGGCUUUCAGAAUCAGGACAUAUCACCAAAAAAGACUUACCAAAAAUCUAUCAAAAUUUGUAUUUGAUGAAUGAGAAAGUAGAACCAAAAGGGCAAAAUAUUUUUCUGGAGAAAUAUUCAGAAACUGUAAAAGAAAUCAUAUCUUUUGUAAAUAAUUUUAAUCCCCAUUUCAUAGAUAAACAUUUGGAAAUAAAGCUGAGAUCUUUUUUAAAUGAAAUUCUCCAAAACUAUUUCCUAAAAAACCUUUCAGACAACAGUUUAUUUAAAGACAGAGAAUCUGAGCCUAUACACUCAAGCAUAUCUUCUCUAAGAGGUAAAAGUGCCUCAAUAUCUUUUCAUGAGUUAGGACAAGAUAUUUCAAGAGGGAGUUUUGGUAGUAGGCUUAAAGUAAACAUGAAACAUCCCUUAAAUAAAUCUCUACAAAACUAUCUUAUAGCUUUACCAGAAAAUGAACUCUUAGAUCUAAAAGCUGAUUUAAGCAAACACCUCCAGAGCCUUUUUAUAGAAAAACUGUCAAAAUCAGGACUAAUCACAGAAAGGCAAUUAAAAGGGAUAAGCCAGCAUAUAAAUUUGAUGAAUUCUAGUUCCACACCAUUAAAGUGUAUAAAGCCAGAUUUAUCUUUAAGAGAUGAAAAUCAGUUUGUGGAGGAGCAUUCAGAAAAGCAAAAUAAAUACUCAAAAAUUUCUCAGAAAACCGCUUUACAAAAGGUUCCUGAGGAUAGACUUGUAGAAACAGAGUUGACUAAAAAGGAAAAAAAGGAACAUUUUUUCUUAGAGAAUAUUAAAGAAAAUCCAUCAAUAAUUCAGGAACAGAAAAGAUAUCCUAAAGAAGCUAAAAUACUGAGUUUUAUUAAAGUACAACCUUGUUCCAACAAAGAUACGCAGGCGAUUCCAGUAAAUAAGCCACCAGAAAGACUUACAGAUACAAUGCCUAAGAAACAAAGGAAAGAACAUGGUUUCAUGCAGUUUCCUCAAGCAGAGAAUUUUGAUCUCAAAACAGAGAUUCACGACCCACAUAGUUGGAGUGGUAAAUCAAAAACAACUCAAUCAAAUGCUUGCUUUGAAAAGACACUGAAAAUGAAGCCCCUUGACAAAAAGGAACACAACACCAAUAAAUUGAUAGUACAGGAAAAACCUGAAGCAGUGCUGUCACCGUAUUCAAGAAUUCCUAAUUGCAAGAUGCCAAAUGAAGAUGAGGAAUAUGUAAACAAACUCACUUUUCCCUCCAGGCAAAAUAAUACUCUAACUCGCCUCGAUGCAGAGGCUGGAGGGAAAUCAAAAUUAGAAGACCAGUAUCAUCAGAGAUUGAAAGGAAAUAAUAACAAAAAUAAAAAACAUUUAGUAACAUGUGCACAUUACAAAGAAGAAAUACAAACUCUUUAUAUAAAACCAAACGAGCUUUGCAACAAAAAAUAUGCCAAGGUUCCUGAGUCACAAUUGCUUAAAGUUUUGGUAGCAGAGAAAAACUCAAAACCAUCCCUCUUCCCAGAAGCACUAAAGAGAGAAAAUCCAAAGCCCAAGGUCCGAAAAGAAAGAUACCAUGUCAGCAAACAAAAAAAGUCAUUUAACAAGAUAGUUAGUAUAGUACCAACCACACUGCCAACCACAGGAAUUCUUCUAAGAAAAUCUGUUCCAAGGACGUUGCUUCAUUGGACUGCAAGAAGAACUACACAUGAUUGUUCGGAUAGAGUUGAGGAUUUGCAUGUGACUUCAUUUAAGCAUCUCGAAAAAGCAAAAUCAAGAGCAAGUCUUUUAGGAAAGAGCCCAGAUGAUAGCCAUAACCAGUUGAAACGCUUUGCAAGACCGUAUACUGCUCCAGAGGUUAACAAACGAGGAGAAAGCUACGCUGGAAAAUUUACAAGUCCUCGAAUGGUUUCAGCAGGCUUAGUUCAUAUAAAUGAUUCAAACCCAGAUUAUGAAAUCCAUAAAAUGCAGCCAAAAAAAAUUAAAAGAGAAUAUUGAAAAAUGUUCGCUCAUUUGUGAUAUUAUCCAAAUGUUAAACAGUUCAGAAUGAUGUGUGAGGCCAAUAGUCAGAAUAUCACUUCUCCAAUUAACAAAAUGGUUUGGAGAUCUGUC